UUUUAGUGGUUGUUUUUAUUUUUAAUUUUCCUCAAGAAUGGAAUUUUCAAAAGAACCCAACUUUGAAUUGCUAACAGCUGAAGAUUUUUCGCCGGAAAAAUAUGUAAAAAAAUUGUCCCAGAAUUAUGUGGGUGGAUCAGAAUUGCAAAGUCUUCGAAGAAAAAUACAGGGGCUCUCCGAAGAAACCAGCUCUAAUUUAAAGAAAAAUGUUUACGAAAACUACAUUCAAUUUAUCGAAACUGCUAAAGAAAUUUCACAUCUUGAAAGUGAGAUGUACCAGCUUUCCCACUUACUUUCAGAGCAAAAGGCAUUACUUAAUUGUUUAUCGGCCACCUCGAUAUUGGAAGACGUACAGCCAGUCAACAUUGAUAGGGAUAAUAAAGUAAACGAGAAGGAUCUCGAGGAAGAAAAUAAACAAAAAAUAGCUGCUAUUUUAGAAAAAGUAGAAGGUUGUCAGGAAUUGUUAAAAGUACCAGGAAGAAUUUUUUUAUACGAAGGAGAUUUAUUAGAAAUUGAACCCACCGAAAACACCGCCUUAAAAAUAGUUCACGUUUAUUUAUUUACAGAUAGUUUUAUGAUAACUACAAGAAACUCAAACAGUCGAGGUCUCAUGAAAUACAUCUAUGAAAGUAUAUAUGACCUAAGCAGCCUAGCAGUUGUAAACGUAAGAGAUUUGGGAAACGUCAAACACGCCUUUAAGCUUCUCAUUUUCCCCGAUACCAGAGUGUUCCAAUGCUCUUCAAACUCCAAUAAAAAAGAGUGGUUAGACAAGUUCGAUCAAGCCAAGAAGACCAGGCUGGCCCAAGAACAGCAAAAAAGAGAAUCCAUAUCGGAAAAAUCUCCCACCCGUGUAUCCUUUGAGUCACCUAGCUACAAUCCUUUCGAUGAAGUGGAAGAAGAAACGAGCGCCUUGCAUCCGGAAUGGUUCGUGGAGAUUCCGGAAGAGCUGGACGUUUGCGUAGCCCAAAGGCAUUUCGAGGAGGCUCUGUCUCUAUUGCAAAAAGCCAAAGAAUACUUGAAUCAAGCAUCAUCCGCGUCCGGUGACAAGCGGGACACCGUUUUCACGGAUAUUCAAAGGAAAGUAGAGCAAAGACAGAACAAUUUAACUGAGGUGUUAAUGAAGGAAUUGGAAGUAAACCCGGACAAAUCGUUGCAGGGGGGAUUGAGAGCGGCUCGCAGGGCUGUGAGACUGCUGAAUCAAUUAGGAAGAGAAACACAGUCUUGUACGUUGUUUCUGAAGCUGUGCAGUAGUAUGCUAAGGACGCAGUGCAAACGAGUUAAAAGAGAAGGCUCUACUACCACUUAUAUAAAGCAUCUUUCGAGCGUGGUUUUCACCAAUAUGUGUCACAUGUCUGAUGAGUUUCUGAGAGCUUUCCCCGACUCUCCGGCAUGUGCUUCAGCGUAUGUGGUUUGGGCGAGCAAUGAAUUGCUGCAGUUUACUACCCAUUUUAUUAAACAGGUUUUUAUGCCACAGACUUCUUUGUCAACGGUGACCGAGUGCAUAGUUUUAGUUAGACAUCAGUGUGAAAGGCUGUAUGUUUAUGGUUUAGACCUUUGUUAUCAAUUAGACGGUGCUUUGAGAUCUUCGCUGAUGAAAGCGUUAAAAGACGCUAGAGAUAAAUUAAUCGAUUCGAUAAAAUUGCGAGUUUUAGAUGAUAAAUGGAUACCGAUUAACUUGCAUUCCAAAUCGGCUUUAAGUCGUUGCGUGCAAGAGUAUUCUCAAAUGGGGCUCACUAACGUAGGGAGUUACGUUUCUGGCGAUACUUGGUUGCAAUUAACUGCUAGUACUUUAUCGUUCACGAAAAUGUUUCUGAACUUGUUAAACGAUUGCAUGAAAUUGAAAACUACGGAAUUAAUGUAUACGAUCGAUGAGACUUUGUAUAACGUGUUCGAAGCUCAAGUCAGGCACAACGAGAACGCUCUGAGGAGCGAAUUGAAUCAAGAUCAAAGGAACUUCCUCACGAAAAAUGCAGAGUUUUUGUUGGUUAGUUUGAUGCAGGUGGUGCAGAAAAAGUACGAGGAAAAGGUCGGUUACGAAUGUCCUACGCUAGCGAAAUUGCAAAAGGAAUACGUAGCACUGCAGAAAGGCGUUUCCCCAGCGUCGAGAAGUACAAAAGCCAAAUAUGCAUCAGAGUUUAUUUAACAUAUUUUUUAUUCUACAGAUUUUUUAUAGGUAUUUAUUGCAUACCAGAUAUUUCAAUUACAAAUAUAUUAAACACUACUUAAUUUUCACAAAUUCGGUUUUUCUCACGCAAUAAAUUUUUCGAAAUUUACAUUUCCGUGAAAAAGGUAGGAUUUAAAAACAUAACACAAACGCUCGUUAAAUAUAAAUAUUUAUGUACAAUGGAGAAUCUCAACAAAUCUAAUUAGAUUGUAUAAUUUAAAAUAAAUAUAAAUCGAAUUAAACACAACUAAUAAAAUAUCAAUUAGGGAAUUGAGCAAACGUUUAUUCUAUAAACAGUCCUAAAAAAGAGAUUGAAGAAACAGUAGCCAAAAUACAAAAAACUUUUUCACUAUAAAAAUAAAUACCGAUAAACAAGUAUUUUUAGCGAAAACGUACAAAAAUUACAAAAUGGCCAUUCGGCUUUCAAUUCCACAAUAACGCACUAAACAUACUCUAAGAGAUAAAAUGUAUAAAUCACUGAAGAAGAAAAAGCUCCGAAUGGACAUCGCUUCAACACAAAAUACGAAUUAAGUAAAUAAAUAUCAGUUGCACUCUGUAUCACUAAUUUUACUUUCUGGUAUAUCCAUCAUUAUAUCUACAGGAACUUCUGUUGUUGUUAUCUCUUCGGCUACACUAUUUGAUUCUGAUUCAUUUUCAAGCUUGCUCUUUUCCAUUGCUGUUCCUUCUGGCUUUUGCGUUUUAACAUCUUCAUCUGCAACAAAAUAGUUUAAAAUCUUAAUAAACAACGCUAAAAAUUACUCACCUAAAUUUUGUUCAUCGUUGAUCACCUUUUCUUCAACCAAACCCGCUUCGUUCGCACCAUCAUUCUUCACAUCGUUUAUUCCCUCUUCGACCGUAUCCAUCCUAUCGUCACACUCGAUUUCCACGUUGUUGUUCUUCUUCACCUGAGGAAUGUGAAACUCCUCGAUUUUAGCAUCGUAAUCCUCCGCGUUGUUCUCCUCGAUCACGCCCGACGCCUUCAGAAUAUCCUCCAACACCGAAGACUUCCCGUUUUCCCUGCACGCCGACUCUCCGGCGCUCUCGGUCACCUUCACCUCGGCCUUCUCGUGCGCCUUAUUCGUCGCGAUGAUUUGCGGCGAAUGCGUCACCCGCGUGAUUUGCUGCGUGGUGUUGACGAUGUACAACGGGGCCGGAUUGCCCGACGUCGAUUUGCCCACGAUCUUCCCGCCCAGCGGCAGCACUUUGAUGUUACCCUUCGAAUUGAGCACCUGCAGCUGCGAGAACGGUAUCACCUUCUUCGAAGCCGGGUUCGUUUUCACCGUGACCACUUUGUGUUUGACCGGAUUCGUGCCGGACGUCACGUUGGUCAGGUGGAGAUUCGUCGACGUCGAAUUGCUCGUCACUAUUUUGAACUUUUCGAUGUUCUUUAUGGAAACGUUCUUGACGAACGGUAUCUGCAACGUUCUUUGUAAUAUACUACUCGAUGGUAUCGUUUGCGCGUUCGAUGCUACUAUUAACUUUUGACCGGAAUUCAGCGUUUUCGCUACCGAUUUUUUGGCGGGGCACAUUUUGAUGGUUUUCUGCACGUCCGAGCUGGGUCCGGCCGGUUGCGGGGAGGUCUGCUUGAUCUGCAGGAUCGUGUUCGGCUUCAUGCCGGAGACUAUUUUCGGUUUGGGCGCGUGGUUUUCGUUCGCUAUCGAAGACAUCGCCGCGUGAUCGGUCAGCUUCAAGUCGCCCUCGUGAUCGGUGUACUCCUCUUUGAUCGGUUGCAGGCUGAUGUUCUGCAGCACGUUCACCCUUUGGUUGAUGUAUUGCGGUUGGGGGGACGAACAGGCCGCCGAUUGGGCCACCGGUUGGAUCAAUUUGUGCUGCUGCACCAUGUCUAAGUGGCCCGAGUCCGAUUUUUUUAUCAACUCUUUCACCUUCGGCUUGGAUCUUUGCCUAAAAACAGCAUUGAGUCAGUUUAUACUUUUAUAUGUAAGUUGAUGUAAUAUUCGAUCGCUUCACUAACCUGUACAACUGCUGAAUCCUAGACAAUUUUGGCGUUAAAAGAAGCGGGGUGAUAUUCGUGUUUUCCGCGUUACUUAUCAAUUUCCUCUUCUUGUUGUCUUCGACUUUCGGGGGCUCUGGGAUCCUGAAGGCGGCGCCUUUGCUGGUUUCCGGUACCACGACUGCAGUGACGGGUGUGAUGAUGGGUCGCUUUCGUUCGGUAUUAGCGGGCAGUGGUAGCAUUUUGUUCAUCUGACCGGCGGCUUCGGAGGCGUCGUUGGCCAAUGCGGAAUAGAUUGUUUGCGGAGUCGCUCGGGUUAGGAGAGGUACGAGGCGACGGCCCUCCUGGGCCCAUUCUUCCAGG